AGACCGCCCUCACCUGGAGCGGUACGGGUGCUGCUAGAGGAGGCGGAGAAAGCAGAAGGUGAUUAGCAUGGAGCUGAGUGAGACACACCCCGCUCGAGGCUGGAACUGACACACACACACAGGCAGGCUUCACUGGCUUUAGGGUGAAACAGGGAGGAAGGAGAGCAACAGCAGGCGGCAGUGACACCAGAGCCCGCUUCCCAGCCAUUGUCCUCUUCUUAUUGUGGCAGCGCUGUGUCUACAAAGGGGAUAAGGAAAAGUGCUCGGGUUUACAACGCAACCUCAAGGCGAAGGGGAAAAAUGAUGAAAUCAGAAGUGAAAACGUCCCUCCUGGACAACAUGAUAGGGGUGGGGGACAGUGUGCUUUUAGAACCUCUCACUGAAGACACGUUCUUAGAAAAUCUCAAAAAUCGCUUUGACCACAGUGAAAUAUAUACUUAUAUCGGGAGUGUAGUCAUAUCUGUAAACCCAUACAGACAAUUACCCAUCUAUACACCAGAGAAAGUAGAAGAAUAUCGCAACAGAAAUUUCUAUGAGCUCAGUCCUCACAUCUACGCUUUGGCAGAUGAAGCCUACAGAUCUCUACGAGACCAGGACAAGGAUCAAUGCAUACUUAUCACUGGAGAAAGUGGAGCUGGCAAAACAGAGGCCAGUAAAUUGGUUAUGUCCUAUGUUGCUGCUGUUUGUGGCAAGGGAGCAGAGGUCAAUCAAGUUAAGGAGCAGCUGCUGCAGUCAAACCCUGUGCUUGAGGCCUUUGGAAAUGCCAAAACUAUGAGGAAUGACAAUUCUUCCAGAUUUGGAAAGUAUAUGGAUAUUGAGUUUGACUUCAAAGGUGACCCCCUUGGUGGCGUUAUCAGCAACUAUCUCCUGGAGAAGUCACGUGUUGUCAAGCAGCCCAGAGGUGAACGGAAUUUCCACAUCUUUUAUCAGCUGUUAUCUGGUGGCUCUGAGGACUUGCUGAAACAAUUGAAGCUUGAGCGGGAAUUCAAUCAAUACAACUACUUGUGCCUGGAUUCAGCUAAAGUGAAUGGGGUUGAUGAUGCUGCCAAUUUCAGAACAGUCAAAAAUGCUAUGCAGAUUGUUGGUUUCAUGGACGAUGAAGUAGAGUUAGUUCUGGAGGUGGUGGCUGCAGUGCUAAAAUUGGGAAACAUUGAAUUCAAGCCAGAGUCUCGAGUAAACGGCUUAGAUGAGAGCCGGAUCCAAGACAAAAACGAGCUGAAGGAGAUCUGUGAGUUACUUGGCCAAGAUCAGGCUGUGCUGGAAAGGGCCUUUAGUUUUCGAACUGUGGAGGCAAAACAAGAGAAAGUUUCAACAACAUUAAAUGUGGCCCAGGCUUAUUAUGCACGUGAUGCCUUGGCAAAAAACCUUUACAACCGGUUGUUUACUUGGCUUGUGAACAGAAUCAAUGAGAGCAUUAAGGCACAAACCAAAGUGAGGAAGAAGGUGAUGGGAGUAUUAGACAUUUAUGGUUUUGAAAUUUUUGAAAACAAUAGUUUUGAGCAGUUCAUCAUUAACUACUGCAAUGAGAAAUUGCAGCAGAUCUUCAUCGAGCUAACUCUGAAGGAAGAACAGGAGGAGUACAUUAAAGAGGGAAUUGAAUGGACUCACAUUGAGUACUUCAACAAUGCCAUCAUUUGUGAGCUGAUUGAAAAUAAUACGAAUGGAAUCCUGGCGAUGCUUGAUGAAGAAUGCUUGCGGCCUGGCACAGUAACAGACGAGACCUUCCUAGAGAAGCUCAAUCAAAUCUGUGCCGUACAUGAGCGCUUUGAAAGCCGAAUGAGCAAAAGUUCUCGCUUUCUUAAUGAUACCACUUUGCCACACAACUGUUUCAGGAUCCAGCACUAUGCUGGCAAGGUGAUGUACCACGUAGAAGGAUUUGUAGAUAAAAACAAUGACCUGCUGUAUCGUGACCUGUCGCAGGCCAUGUGGAAGACCAACCAUGUGCUUGUCAAAGCCCUCUUCCCAGAAGGAAACCCAGCUAAGAUGUCCUUGAAGAGACCACCUACAGCUGGGUCACAGUUCAAAGCUUCUGUUGCAACUUUGAUGAAAAAUCUACAGACCAAAAAUCCCAAUUAUAUCAGGUGCAUCAAGCCAAAUGAUCAGAAAACUCCACAUGUCUUUACGGAGGCUUUAGUGCGCCACCAGGUCAGGUACCUGGGGCUGAUGGAGAAUGUGCGUGUGCGACGAGCAGGAUAUGCUUUCAAGCAGCCUUACGAGUCCUGCCUGGAGAGGUACAAGAUGUUAUGUUCACAGACUUGGCCCCAUUGGAGGCAAGGUGCAAGGGACGGUGUCAAAGUGCUGUUGACAGAACUUCAGAUCCCUCCUGAAGAGUUUUCAUAUGGCAGAUCAAAGAUAUUUAUUCGAAAUCCCAGAACGCUGUUUGAGCUGGAAGAUCUGAGAAAGCGUCGCCUGGAAGAUCUGGCCACGCUUAUUCAGAAGAUCUAUCGUGGCUGGAAAUGCCGCACUCACUUCCUGUUGAUGAAGAAGAGCCAGAUCACCAUUUCAGCUUGGACUAAGAGACAUUUUCAACGAAAGAAAUAUCUACACCUCAAGAGCGUGACCUUAAUUAUCCAGUCAUACAUCAGAGGAUGGAAGGCACGGAAGCUUUUGAGAGAGCUAAAAUAUCAGAAACUUUGUGAGGAGUCAGCUACAACAAUUGCGGCCUAUUGGCGAGGUUUUCAGGCACGGAGAGAAUUGAAACGCCUGAAGGAAGAGGCCAGGCGUAAACAUGCGGUUGCUGUCAUUUGGGCUUACUGGCUUGGACUAAAGGUUCGCCGUGAAUAUAGAAAAUUCUUCCGUGCAAACGCAGGAAGGAAGAUUUAUGAAUUUAUCGUUCAAAGAAUUAUGCAAAAGUAUUUCUUGGAACUGAAGAAGAAGCUGCCUUCAAUGUCCCCCACAGAGACGACUUGGCCUGCACGACCAUACCUCUUCCUGGAUAAUACACACACUGAGCUGAAGAGGAUCUUCCACCUAUGGAGGUGCAAGAAGUACAGGGAUCAAUUCACAGCACAAAAGAGAGCUAUUUUCGAAGAGAAGCUUGAGGCGAGUGAACUAUUCAAAGAUAAAAAGGCAUUGUAUGCCAACAGUGUUUGUCAGCCUUUCCAAGGUGAUUAUCUGGAAAUCAGUAAGAAUCCCAAAUACCAGAAGCUGACUGGUGCUGUGGAAGAGAAGAUUUUGCUGGCAGAUGUUGUAAACAAAAUUAAUCGAGCUAAUGGCAAGGGAGCCCCAAGAAUUUUCCUAUUAACCCAAAGCAACUUCUUCAUAGCUGAUCAAAAAUCAGGCCAGAUCAAAUCCACUAUUCCUGUGAUGGACAUCACCAGUGUGUCUGUAAGCAAACAAACAGAUGGUCUUUUUGCUGUGCAUCUCAAAGAGGGUUCCACAGCUGCUGCUAAAGGCGAUUUCCUGUUCACCAGUGACCGCUUAAUUGAGAUUAUUACCAAGCUUUAUCGCACAAUAUUCUUCAAAACCAACCAGAAAAUAAAUGUUGAGAUAAACAAUGAGUUUCUGGUUCAAUUCAAUCAGGAUAAAGUCUGUGUGAAGUUUAUUCAGGGAGCACAGAAAAAUGGCAAUCUCCCUGCAUGCAAGAGGAAAAAUAAUCGUCUCCUGGAAGUCACAGUUCCUUAAUCACUGCAAUUGCCAUCAAUUCUGGGACAAUUUCUAACUGCACAUAUGGUUAUAUAUUCUUUCUGUUAAGUUUCUUCUCCUGAAGCUGUGACUGGCUGUUGGCAGCUGUGUAAUAUAACAGUGAUGUCAAUUUAUUUUCUAAUCCUAAGAUUGGUUCUCAAAUGGUUUUUUAAAAAAAAAACACCGCAGUGAGUUCCUUUCACAAAUUACAGGGUGGUAGAUCCCCUGGCAUUUAAUGUAUCUGCUGUCCGAUAUAGCUUUGAACCUUAUAGACCAGGAAGAUUCCAGAUUCAAUCGCUCAGCUAGCAGGUCUCAGCUUGGGCCAGCUAUAGAACACUACAGUUGGGCACAUGGGAUGGCUGACAAACUCUCACUGCCAAUGGUUAAUCACCAAAUAGCCAUUUGAGUGAGACAUCACAGGCUUGAGCUUCUAAACCAGUGGAACUACCUGUGCAUGAGUCAGCACCUUCAGGAGGAAGUUGGGGGGUGGGGUGGUUAUUGGAGAAAUUUCUGGGCAGGAAAGGAUUAAAGGACUUUUAAGUGAUCUUUGAAACAGAUCAUGUGGUUUUAACUAGAUUCAUGAACAGGGACCUAAGCUGGAUGCCCCGGUUUGUGGAACAUUAUAAUCCUGGCUUUCUGCAAGGCAGAAGCUGACGUAGAUGGGAGAAAAAAAAAACUGAUUUAAAAAACCAAAUUAAGCAAACCACAGCAUUGAGAAGCUGUGGGUGGUUAUAUUAAUACAUUGUAACUUUGCAUAUUAGAAGCUGUCUUUUGGUUAUGGGGAUCAACCUUUCAGAGAUCGUACUAUUGCUGAACUGUGUACAGGAAUACUGCUUGUUUUGAAUAGAAAUUAUGCAUUGUACGUAUUAUACAACAAAAAAAACAGUUUUAAAGCAUUUUGUAAAGGCUAUUUAUGUUGAAUUUCUGGGAGAGUUCCUAGGUACAGGCAGCCUGUGUUGAAAGCUGUAAUGCAGCUGACAGGCCAGUGUAAUUCUUGCUAAAUCACCUACAGUUUAUAGAAUUUACACGCCUCUAAAAAUAGUAACAGAAUGAAUUGCAGUUCAAUGGUUUUUCACUAAGAAAUGUUUGAGGUAAUGAGAUGUAAAUAGAUUGAAGUUGGUAUUGUGAUCAUAGUCUGAUGUUUCAUUGUGAUGUAAUGCUGUAAUGUUAUAAUCGUAUUUUUGUAUUUAAUAUCUCUUUCAAGCUCACCAUGCCUGGAGAAUUUGUGUAUCAGACAGCAGUCAAAACCAGAGUUAACAGAACUGAUUUCUUAACCUUUUAUAAAUCUGUUAAAUUCA